AUGUCUGACAGCGAGGCCCCUUCUACUAGCACUACACUCUACGUCUCUCCUAUUGCUGAUCCUCUUAUGGGAGGCAAGUUGAAUGCUCGCGCUAUGAAGCUAGUCAAGAAAGCUGCUACGUCAAAGUGUAUUCGCCGCGGCGUGCCUGAGGUCCUUAAGGCUGUUAGGAAGGGUCAAAAGGGUAUGAUACUACUGGCCGCUGACGUGUACCCGGUCGAUGUCAUUUCCCAUGUGCCGGCUUAUUGCGAGAAGAAUGGUAUCGCCUACGCAUACGUACCGUCGAGGCAGGUGUUGGGUACUGCUUGCCAGACUAAGAGAGCUGCAUCUGUGGUGUUGGUCGUCGAGCCUAAGGACGACUCUACUUAUACCAAGACUUACGAGCAGGUAUUAAGUUUUCUCGGAUUUUACCGCGCGCCACGAAAUUAUGGUCGCAGGUUCACAAGGGAAUCUUGGCGAUCAACCCCUACUUGUAAAGAUGCGGAUGANNNNUGGGUUAAAAUGAUAGUUUAA